CCGAGGGGAGCCCGCGGCCGGGGCGGCUGAGCGGAGGGACGGCUUGGGGACGCGGCGCCGGCCGGAACCCGCUCCCCCCGGCCGCCGUCCCAUCCCCCAGCCCCGUCGUCCCAGGCGACACUCCCCGCCGCCUCAGGAUUCUCUUACGGUCUUCGAGGGCUCUCAGGAGGCUUGUCCCCGGGGGAGGCUGCACUCCACUCACCUCCGACUAGCGACCUCUAGGCCCCCGCCGGGACUCGCAGGGCUGCGUGCGGUUUUGCUCAGGUUUCUCCCGUCUCGAACUAAAAGGGCUCACGCUGUAAACCCCGCCUCGGCUCUAGACCUCCGAGCGCCGGCCCGUCGGGGCCCCACACGCCGGGCCAAGCCUUCGGACCGGGCAGAUCGCAGAGCUCCGUUUAGUCACCUGUCCGCGCGUCCCUGCCGCCCGAGCAAGCGGCCUGGCGGGGCGGGCAUCGAGGUUUUCCGGCAAUCAAAUAAACAGAUAGUGACAGAUUAGAGUGUUUACGAUAAGGAGGUCUUGACUUAGGUGGGACAGGAAAGGUUUUCCUGAUGGGCUGAAGCUUGGUGAGAUCAGAUUCCGUUGACCCAGAAGGGUUCGGAUCCCCCGUACCAGCCGCCAAAAACGAAAACAAAAAAUACAAAGAAGGGAGGGAAACGCUCCAAGCAGAGGGAAUAGUGUGUGCAAAGGCCGCGUGGCAGGAGGAAACGUGAUGAGUACAAAGGCUGGAGACUGAGGAGUGCGAGCAGAGACACCUGAAUGGAGUGUGGUGGCAGCUGAAGCUGGAGCCAGACGAAGCCGGCUUUAGUUGAACUGAACUUACCCAGGAACUAAAGGAAGCCAAUCAAACAUCUUAAGCUCAAGUGAGUCAAGGUAUGGGUUGGAAUUGGAGCCUAUCCCCCAACCUGAAGGCAACCAGCACCAUGUGGUUACUAACUGCUCCUCAUUCACCUAUUGAUGCCUCCCAGAAAAAAACACCGCCAACGUUCCCAGAAAGCCCAGCUGCUAUUCCACCAGCCACCACUGGAGGGCCCCAAACACCGCUAUGGAUCUCCACAGCGUCCAGUCACCCACACCCGUCUGGUGCCCAGCAAGCCCAUUGACCACAGUACCAUCACUUCCUGGGUAACUCCUCAGUUUGACACAACAGCAGAAAACUGGCUUCCAGCCCACAAGAAACAUCAUCACCGAGACCAAGCAAGAUGUUCGAGUAGAAAAUCUACCACCUCCAAGUUUCCAUAUCUAACCUUUGAGAUUCCACAAUCUUCUUCCAGUUCAGAGACAUUGGAUAUCCCCUUAAUCAGGGAAUGCCCCAAUCAAUCAGAAAAGGAUGUUUCCAGAAGGCCCUUAGUUCCAAUGCUCAGUCCCCAAAGCUGUGGGGAACUGUCAGCACACACACUUCAGAACUUACCUUGUGUGUUCAUUCCACCUGACAUUCAGACCCCAGAAUCAUCUUCUGUAAAGGAAAAACCCAUUCCCCUAGAUCAGAGGGAAAACAUCCUUUCAGGCUGCUCCCUUCACAUUAGCACUCCCAACAGCCCAAAUCCUGGGCCUAUUCUGGUUAAAGACACCCCCGAGGAGAAUUAUGGGAUGAAGGUCACAUGGAGGAGACGUCGGCACAUGUUUGCUUACCUCAGGGAGAGAGGGAAGCUGAGCAGAAGCCAGUUCCUUGUGAAAAACUGAUGGAUUUCUCAGACAUCAGUCUCUCUCAUCAGCACUCUCAAGAAAUUGAAUUGACAGCUGAUUUUUAUAGAGUUGCUAAAGUCACUUUUGUAGCUCUCAAGAGAGUAGAUUGAUAGAAUAAAAUGGAAAUAAUAGUAGAAAAAAGAUAUUUUAGGGGCCGGCCCGUGGCUCACUCGGGAGAGUGUGGUGCUGAUAACACCAAGUCAAGGGUUAACAUCCCCUUACUGGUCAUCUUUAAAAAAAAAAAAAAGAAAAUUUUAACGAGAGCCUAGAGUCGUAAGGAAAUUCAGUUCCCAGAUUUGCUUUUUAAGAUACCUUGUAUCAUAAACAGUUUAGUGUCACGAACUAUUCACUCCAUAUUUUUCCUGUAUUAACUAUUUAAAAAUUUAAAAUAUCUUGUAGUAAUUGUUUAAAAUGUAUGUAAAUUGUUGCAGAAAGUUUUUAGAGAAUCCUGCUUCUGUCCGUGAUGCAGCAAUAUUGUCCUAUUUGCCCUGUCCACAAAAGGUCUUUCUUAAUUGUUUCCUUUAACCACUACUCAUUAAUCCUUUAAUCAUCUCAUUCAGACUAAUUCAUCCCACACUUUUGAGUACCAACUCUGUCAGGCUCAAUGGCAGCUUCCUCUAUGACUGGAUAGAUGGGAAAAAUUAAAGCAAACUCUGACUUUUUAUGGUUGACGGCCACCUCCGCAACCUUGGUUCAUCUGCUGAAAGGGCAACAUGAAGAAAGGACGGCAAACCCGAUUUUAGUGAAUACAGUGGGAUCAGAGGAGAUAAAGGAGACAUAGCUGAGUCACUUAGGUUUCCUUGUGUUUUCAGUUUUUGUUUCCAACUGAAGAAAUCUAUAAAUAUUGAA